AUGGUACAUGUUGGCUUCCUAGAUGACGAGAUUUCUACAAAUCCAAGAUAUGCGUCAUUAAAAGCCACGAUUACUGAUAAUGAUUCCGAUUUGCAAUCUCGUCUUUCAAGAUUCAGUCACCAUAAUCCUUUAGAUCAAGAAGCUCACUGCUUCAUCAACUGGCUGUCUUUACAGCAAUUAUACCCUUCAUUAUCGCUAUAUGGGGGCCCCACCUCCAUACUCCCCACAACAUCUUAUAUCCUCAUUGGAACAGAAAAGGGUGCUAUAUUAAUUUUUAGUCAUAAGCAAUUUUUACAGACUGUACUAGUUCCUCAGCUAGACAGGUUCAAUUCAGCUGUAACAUUACUUUGCGUUUCUAAUGAUGGUACACAUGUAGCGGCUGCAUAUUCAUCGGGUGAUGUUUUUAUAUGGGACUUGAAUCACCCUGUUACUCAGGCAGAUAAUUCGGUAUCCUCCAUCCUUCACGUUUUACAACAUAAAGGCUACUUAAUUAACGGACUUGGAUUCUUACCACAUAAGAAUACAUGUAUUAUUGUGAGUGACACAAGAGGUCAGAUAUGGAAUCAUAGUGGUUUGACAAAUCGACUUUGGCAGUUUACAUGCCAUUCUAAAUCAUUGCUGAACAUCAACUCAAUGAAAAGUCAAUUGCUUGCCAGCGCUAUAACACCUAAUAUACCCAAUUACACAAAACUUCAUCUAAUAGCGGUUCUAUGCAGCGAUUGUUUGACAAUCGUGUCUAUUAAUUCAGUGCUUGCCACCCAAUGGCGCCAGGUGUUUCCUAACAAUAAUAGACUAAGUGUUGGAUCCGUGGUAUGGUCGAAAGAUGCCCAUGCGGUGGCAUAUUCUGUGGGCAAUAUGUUUCACGUUAUUAAGAUUACUGAUUUCAGUAACGAUCAUAUUAAAGUUAGCGAGAGUGAGCAGUGGUCUUGGACUUCUUCGGAGGCAAUUGCAUCACUGGAAUGGCUUACAAACGUUACAGUGGGUGUUUUGACUUCUUCUGGUUUAUUCAUAGUGCUAAAUAUAACAGGAAUCAAUAAUCCGGUUGUUUUAACAAUCAACCUACAAACACAAGAUAUUUUAAGUUCUUCCAAGGGCUAUUUGGGUUGCGUUAAUAAGCAAAUUUUCUUUUUGACUAGGUAUGUGGUUAAGUGUGGUAUAUUUUCCUCAUGGAGUGAGAUUUUACUUCAUUAUGUCCAAAAUGGUAACUACAGCGAAGCUCAUAACAUAAUUGGUUUUAUGCUGACCAAAGGAUCUGACAUAGCAUCUCUAAUUCGGUUAAAUGAAAGUUACCAGAAUAGGAAGUUACAACUUCUGCAGCCGUUCCGCAAUCUGUCGCUGGCUAGUUUGAAGUUCUUAUUGAAGCAGAGUGAUGUUGAAUCUAGUGCAUAUUAUGAUUUGUUCUCACUUAUAAUAAAGGUUGGGUCUUUGUUUGAGGACCACCUUCCACAGCUUUUGCAAGAUGUAAAUGAUCUAAUUGGGAAUAAACAUAGAAGUACAUUUUAUGAUGCAUUAUCAAAUCAAGUAUUUGAGAAUAAGAUAAGGGAACUUCCUCCCCUUUUACUAAAGGAUAUGAUACAACAUUUUGCAGCUGAUGAGAACCUGGAAAUUCUUGAGUUAUUGAUUAUAACGCUCAAUCAAUCUUUAUUAGAUACCGACAUGGCGGUUAAAUUUUGCAAGAAAUUUGGCUUAUAUGAAGUUCUUAUUUAUAUUUGGAAUACUGCAUUUAUGGAUUACCUUACACCACUAAUGGAUUUUAUUUACAAGAUUACCUCACAAGAACACAAAUGUUUACUCUUUGAAAGUCUAAAUGAUAUUGCAGUUUUAGAUAUUUACGCUUACUUGAUCAUGGUUUUAACAGGAAGUCAAUAUCCUAUUGGAACAAAUAUGUCACUGGAUAUGUCUUUGAAAGCGAAGGAACAGAUAUAUUCCUUUCUUUUCACCGGAACUUCACUUCGUUGGCCUCCAAGUUCUUCUGAUAAAUUGUUGACCGGUAAAGAUCCUUCCCAGGAGCCUGCAUACCCAUAUUUUCAAUUACUAUUGAAACGAAAUCCUAAGUUGUGUUUGUUUAUGUUGCAUAAAGUGUUUGAAGAUAUGUUUUUCAACGAGGAAGCCUAUGCAGCUGACCAACAACCAUCUAGAAUACAAAUUAAUAGACAGUUUGUGGUUGAUAUUCUUAUAGAUCUUUUAAAAACAUUUGAUGAUAUUGAACUUCAAGUAUUGGUUUCAAUAUUCAUAACCAGAAACGUUCCAAAAUUUCCCCAAUUCAUCAAGUUGUCUAAUUCGACGCUUAAUGAAUUAAUAUCAAUUAUAUGUGGGUGUAACAAUCCUGAUUUAAAGUACGAUUGUGAAAGAAGUCUGGAGUCGUUGUUCAGCGUAUAUAUGCCUAACAACAUUGGUGAAUUUAUAGUAUACCUGAAGGAUAGUAAAUUUGAGCACGUUUUAUUUUCAGUUUACAAAAGCCUCCCACUACCUGCUGAGUAUUUAAAGUUGAGGCUGGAAUCUGAUGAAUUACGUGAUUCCUCAAAGUCCAUAUUGGAAAUUUUAAAAGAAUGUUUGAAGUUACUUGAGAAUAAGCCUUUCGAGAGGGAAAGAGUGUUAUCAAUUAUUAUAGAAUAUAUCAAUGAGAUAAUUGCUGAAGAGGAUAUGCAUGUUUUGGUACCUAUUUUUCAAAAACUUGAUGAUAAGUUCUACAAAAAAAUGCCCAGUUUUAUUACUUCCAAAUCCAAACAGAGGCAGUAUCUUGAGAUAUUAUUCGAAUUAGGCAACACAACCAUCAGAUUAGACCCCGAUACGAAGUUUUUGUAUCUGCAACUAUGCUGCGAAGCUGGUGACUUUGAAGCAUCACGUAAAUGGCUAAGGAAGGCUUCUAUUACGGAUUUGAAUUUCGAGAAAAUUGUACAACUUCUAAACGAAGUUGAAGAUGAUAAAAGUCUGAUAACAGCUUAUACAAAAACGAAGCGUUACUUGAAGGCGGUUGAAGUGGCGUCUUCAGGAUUUACAAAGGCAUUCGAUAAUUCAGAUAAAUUAAGGGGAGAAUGUUUUAUUGAUUUAGCUAUUCACAUAUGCGAAGAAUCAAGAGAAGAAACUAAGCAGUGUUGGACGCAGUUAAUAAUCAAUAUUAUGCGAAAUUACUCCAAAUCUGAGUUAAAUGAAAAGAUCAUCUAUAAUAAUGCAUUGCAGAAAGUGUUUUUGAGGUUAUCACAAUGGGAAGUCUCAAUAAAGGAUGCUACGAAAACCUACUUUUGGGAUAUUUUGGCAAAUGUAUUGGAAAGCAAUGAAGUAACCGCAACAAAAAUUCAUGAUGUCAGAUCUAUUCUUACAAAGUUAUUUAGAAUAUAUUCUGUGGAGCAAUAUAUUUAUGAAUUAAUUCUCAAAAUUGUUGAAAACUCUUCGAAGGACGUCAUUAAUGAAUAUAUUGCUGCAUUGAGCCACGGUUGGUCUAUUGAUAACUCAGAAUGUGAUAUCUGUGGCAAGGUUAUUUGGGGUUUAGGUGUUGACAGUCAGGUAUUUUUGACUUGGAAAUCAUACCAAACUUCGAAUAAGAUGCCCAAUAAUUCAGUAUCUGUUCAUGGACUAAUUGUGUUUCAGUGUCACCACGGAUUUCACGAGAAGUGUUUGCAAAACAUGGGUCAAAACGAAGAUAACUAUUACUGUUUGACUUGCAGUGGAAUUACUAAAUAG